UCAAAAUGUCAAAUAUAUUUGUUUGUUUAUCAAAGCAUUUAGAAUGCUAAAAAGUUCUAUAAAUUGUAUUGCUAAUCAUUAAAAAUGAAAUUCCGUUUCUGUGGAGACUGUGACUGUCCGGAUUGGGUGUUGGCUGAAAUUCACUCGUCAUUGUCUAUGCUCACUUCGGUUAAAUUGAAAAUAUUGACACAACUCGUUGCAAACAGCAUAGUAGGUGAAGAAGUACCGGAAUCAAAAUUGAAAAGUUCCUUUAUGAACAAUAAAAAUGAUUUAAAGUCUAUCAAGUCGGCGAUGUCUUGUAUUCGAUUUUUGUUGGUGAAUGCGACACGAUUUCAAACUGAUGAAAGUACAUUUUCAACGGAGUUGCAGCAAUUGGGUCUCCCUACCGAACAUUCCACCGCCAUUUGUCGUGUAUUCAAAGAACAAAAUGGUAGCAUUCAGGAAUAUCUGACAAAGAACAGUCUUACAGUGAAUGAGCUCAUCGAUAUGACAUUCGAUAUACCAACUGAUACAAUAGACUGUGCUUGCAUUAAAUUCAAAUUGAAAAAUGAAUUAGUUGAUGGAGUGCCUACGGAAACAAAUCACGAGAUCAACGUAGGGAAGUCCAACAUAAAAAUGUUACUCAAAGAAAUGAAAGCGGUUCGCAGCCUUAUGGACGAAACGGAAUGAGAACCGAAAACCGGUCAACCCAUUCAUGCGGCAUAGAAAGUGUUGCAGUCAUAUAUAUUUUUAAAUUUAUAUUUUGAUGCAAAAAGCAUUUAAUGAAAUUAGUAUAAGUGCAGUCAGGCUCUCAAGUGAUAUUCUCCAAAUUUCAUUUGCUUGAAUAAAAAAUAAUGAUAAUUUAGAGCAUUUUACUUAUUAGAAGAAGAGUUUCUGAAUUUAAAACCUGCAACACAUACGAUUUUAACAAUAAAUUUUCGUUUAAA